AUGUACCUACCACGGAAUCUAAUCGCGCAUCUUUACCAAAAUCUUAUCAAACGAACACACGUUGCCGCACCGCCAGUUCUUAUCCUCGUUGCCCUCGAACCAGACGCGCUUUGCGCCUGUCGCAUCCUGACCGCGUUACUCAAGCGAGACUAUAUAGCCCACAAGAUCCAGCCGAUUUCCGGAUAUGGCGACCUAUCACGUGCUGCAGAAGACCUUGUACGACCGAUGCGGACGACAGAGGGCGGUAGUGGGGGUGUUGUUGUCUGUCUGGGCGUAGGUGGGAUGAUUGACAUGGAAGAGAUGUUGGGCCUGGAUGUGGACGAGAAUGGGCAGGGUGGGACUGGCGAUGUGGAGGUGUGGAUCAUGGACGCGAGACGGCCGUGGAAUCUGGCAAACGUCUUCGGUACCCCGAUUAGCGAGGAUCCCGCGACAGGAGAAUUGGUACCGAGACAAGCGGGCGUGGACAAGGGCAAAGUGCUGCAGUCGUAUCAGUCGUCAAGAGGAGGGAUCAUCGUCUUUGACGACGGCGAUAUCGAGGACGACCUCCAGGCAGAACGAGCCGCGUAUUGUGCGCUCGAAGAAAUGCCCGAGGUGGGAGAGGAGGAUGACUUGGAUGACGAGUCAGAAGAAGACGAAGAGCCGCCGUCUGGUCAGCAGCCAAAGAAACGCAAGUCAUGGAGUGGUGACGAGGAAUCAGAGGACGACAUGACAGACAAUGAGCGGCCAGCGCAGCGACGAAGAAGUAAUUCAGGAGGCUCAAUACCAUCAUCGCCACGAAGAGGACCCGCACGAGGGACAUUAUUAAUAGCAAACCAACUUGGCCCGUCAUCCGACUUUUCAAGGUCAGAUUCUCGCAGCCGCUCAGCGUCGCCCUCGGUCGCUGCACCAAAGCAACCAAGUGUCAAGAGUCUGCGGCGACAGCUCAUACAAAAACGAAACAAGUACACAAAUGUGCUCGACAAGUACUAUCAACUGGGGACCUCGUACUCGGACCCCGUCUCCUCGCUCGUUUACAAUCUCGCUUCGGAACUGGGUCGAGAAGACAAUGAGCUGUUGUGGAACGCCAUUGUGGGGGUCAGCAGUCUAGAACUAUACGGUCGAACAGGCAAUGGAGUCGGUCUGAAUCCUCUCUCUGCACAAGGCGGCUCAGCAGGCUGGAACGGCAAUCGUGGCGAGCAAAUUCGCUCCGUGCUACGAGACGAAGUCCGCCGCCUCAACCCCAUUACGGAUGCCACAGGCAUGGCCCGCGAGGCAACCAUGGGAGAAGCCUGGGGCGUGAUUCCCACGAGCGCCCGCUCUGCCACAGACACUUCCAUUCGCCUCUCUCCUGAACCACGUUUUCUUCUGCUCCGACACUGGUCUCUCUACGAAAGCAUGCUGCACUCACCCUACCUCUCCGCCAAACUGCAUAUCUGGAGCGACGCGGGACAGAAGCGGCUUGCGAAGCUCCUCGCCAAAAUGGGCGUCUCGCUCACCGAAUGCAAACAACGCUACACACACAUGGACAUGGAACUCAAGCGCGGGCUACGAGAACGUCUGCUGAAAUUCGCCCCGCAAUAUGGACUCGACGGCCUGGUGCCCCCUUCGUCCAGCACAGGCGACCACAAGGAUGGAUGGGGCUUCGUCCGCUGCUGGGGCUGGAAAGCCUGUCUCUCCGCCAUUGACGCCAGCGUCAUCCUCGGCGCCAUCCUCGAAGUAGGAGACGUGAAAGCGCUCUCCUCUUCCUCCUAUCCGCCCCCCGACUCCACAGCAGACUCCCAACCCGCCACGACAAUAAGCCAGGACGAACAAGACGCAGCCCACGCCGCAAUAACCCGCCGCUUCUGGACCGCCUACGACGCCCUCUCCUCCAUCGACCUCCUCACCACCCAUAUCCCCACCGCCCAACACCUCCACCGCGCCAUCCUCCGCACCGGCACCCAACUUAUCGAGAAGCGCCAGAUCCGCCACCUCCGCGCCUUCCGCAUCGCCGUCGUCAAAGAAGGCCCAGACGUCCACCUCUUCACCCACCCGGGCGCCCUCACCAAACUCGCCCUCUGGAUCGCCGAAGCCGUCGUCGAACUCAAUGGGUCCAAGCCCGCAAACAAGGGCGCCGAACUCGUCAUGGCCGGCCUCGACGACGCCCGCGGCUUAUAUGUCGUCGUCGGCCUCGGCGGCGGCGGCGCCUCCCUCAGCGUCAAACAGCGCCUCGCCCGUCGCCAGGCCAGACUGCAGAAGAAAGAAGCUGCCCGCGCUGCGCGCAACGCCGCCCGUCUCGCCCGGACAGAAUCCAGACGGCGCCGCAACCUCGCCGCCGGCCUUGACGAAGACGAAGUCGAAUCCGACACCGAAGAGGAAGACUCGGCCUCGGAUUCCGACGCCUCCUCUGAAGCAGACUCGGACGACGACGAUGAUGGAGCACCCGGCCGACGCGGGACCCUGCGCCGUAAUCGCUUCAAUACUGCGUUUCAAGAUGUUGUGCGGGAGACGGGGGCGCGUGUGCGUAUGGAUUCUUUUGAGGCGUGUGUGAUUGAGGUGAAGAAGGAGGAUUUGAGUGGGUUUUUGGAGCGUUUGAGUUUGAAGGCUGUGGUUGGGUAG